AUGAAAUUUGUCGUACUUUCAGCCCUGGCGCUCCCCGGGCUUGUCGCUGCGCACGGCUAUAGCAGCGCCUACCACCAUGUCCGGCAGGCAGCGACGACAACGACAACGACAAGUGCAGCAGACGCCGAUAAUUCGGCCGCAGACUCUGCCGCGGAGGUCGGAGCUACCGGUAACACAAACACCCUCCCAACAAAGCUUACCUUCUCGCUCGCGUCGUCAAACCCAACAGCGAUCCCACUUUCUCUCAUCUCCACUGGAACAGCACAGACACAGUCCACGAUUCCCCUCUCGACGACGGACGCGCCAGGCUCUGUUCCAACAGAUAUUCCCAAUGCACCUGGCCUCCCAGAUGGUGCGUGA